GGAGUGCUGUUCAAAGGGAACUUGCGAGGGCAAGCUGCUAAAAGUUAUGAUAAAAUUUCUAAGAGAUUGAAAGAUAAAUUUGGAGACGAGUACAAGCUUUUUCUUUUAGUAAAUCCAGAGGAUGACAAGCCAGUGGCUGUUGUAGUUCCAAGAACAACUUUACAACCAGAGACAACUGCCGUACCUGAGUGGUUUGCUGCUGGAGCUUUUGGACUGGUUACGGUUUUUACCUUACUUAUUCGCAAUGUUCCUGCUUUGCAAUCCAAUUUAUUAUCAGCUUUCGACAAUCUGAACUUGUUAAAGGAUGGCCUACCUGGAGCCCUUGUUACUGCACUUAUUCUGGGGGUACAUGAACUUGGCCACUUUUUAGCUGCCAAAGACACUGGAGUUAAACUUGGGGUCCCGUACUUUGUUCCUAGCUGGCAGAUAGGCUCCUUUGGUGCCAUUACGAGGAUAAGAAACAUAGUACCCAAUCGCGAAGAUCUGCUCAAGGUUGCAGCUGCCGGACCAUUAGCUGGCUAUUCCUUGGGUCUUUUGCUUCUGUUUCUUGGUUUUGUCUUGCCUCCCAGUGAUGGUCUU